AUGCGAGAGCUGGGGUGCGAACUGAUAGUUGCGAUGCCAGCAUCUAGUGAGGUAUCCACCAAUUCUGUGUGUGUGGGGUGCCCUGUGGAGGUGGCAGGCCACAGGUUCAAGUUGAAUCUUAUUUGCCUGUUGAUGGAGGGUUUGGACGUGAUUCUGGGAAUGGACUGGCUGUCGAGCAACCAUGUUGUCAUCGGUUACGGACGACACAGGGUAGUGUUCCCAGAUACAGUCGGGUUGGAGCUUAUCUCGUUUAAUCAGGCUGUGAAAGAGAUUGAGGUUGGAGCUACAUAUUUUAUGAUAGUGGCUCAUGCGGAGAAGAUGAGUACGGCCGAGAAAAUCAGCAGGAUUCCAGUAGUGGAUGAAUACGCAUAUGUUUUUCUGGAUGAAAUUCCAGAGUUGUCUCCUAGCAGGGAUGUGGAUUUCUCCAUUGAUCUCAUCCCUGGCGUUGGGCCAAUUUCUAUGGCAACGUACAGGAUGGCGCCAGCUGAGUUAGCUGAAUUAAAGAAGUAG